AUGGUGGGUGCCUCUAGUGCGCCGCCGUACUUGGCUUGUGAUACGAUUCCUGGCAACCAGCCCUAUUUGCCCGUCAGCUGCGAUAUAUUUGAGCUCGUCAUACAGCAAGAUGCCACAUCCUUUCAGGCAGGCUACUUGGGUCUCGGCGGGCACUUUGCGUCCGUGAUUGGCGACGUUGCUACAAAAUUCGAUGCUUCCAUGUGCACGACUGGGUUUACGAAAUGGUAUGCUUUCCUUGCGCUCACAAUCAGCACAAUAUGGUUGCACGUCGUGGAAUGGGUGCGCUACCCAUACGUACAACAAAUUGAACUGUAUACCGCGAAUGCAGUGAUUUGGCAGCGUGCAGAAGGAGAUACUGGGAAUGUUCCCGCUUUGCUUCCUUUUCAAUUCCGACUCACCGACGAUCUUCCGCAAUGUAUUCAUACGCCAGAGAGCGGCCUGACCUACACCUUGUACGCAAGGCUACACCACCGCGCAGGCCGCGAUCUGCACACCAGCACGGUCAUUCAUCCUACACGAUACACAAUACCAGGCCGCGAAGCGCUGCUUCCUUACGCAGAUAACGACGUCGAAAGCAACGGCGCCGCUCGGCGGUGGAAGACGGUGGAACACGACUACCGCUACUCGCUCUACCCCGUCUUUUGGUCGACAAACGAUCCCAUCAUCGCGCAUUUCUGGCUUGAACGCUCCGUGAUCCGCAAGACAGAGCGCGUCGUGCUACAGGUCCACAUCCCCCCGCCGCACGAGCGCGCCGUUGUCGACGAGAGUUUGCAACUGAAGAGUGUGGAGACCGCCUUGGUCCGCGUCACACAAUCGCAUCCUGCAAAACAGGUCCAUCCAGACGCGCGGAUCCUGGCGCAGGUGCUUGCGAAUCACACCAAUGACCGCUCGAGUGGGAGCACGAGCGCGGAUGCGAAUCCCAGUGCGCCCAUUGUGCACGAAACGCUUGUUGCGCAUGGCGGAAAAUCGUGCCGCUUCCACUCCCAACGGCCCAUCCACCUGUCAUUUGCUCUACGAGCCGUUCCCUACGUCGGGAGCAGUGCCGCGUUUGAUCUUGCUUCGACAGAGCACGGUAUUGAAGGUCACGGUACGUGCGAGACCAUAACGCAGGACACAACAUUGCACAGCGUGCACUUUGUCCUGAUUGUACGUGUUGUUCUUCUGGAUGCACACGAUGUGCACCAUGACAUUGUCACUGGGCAGCUGAUCCGCAUUCUGCCCGGCCCUGCCGGCCUGGAUACCGACGCUUCCGUCGCACCGGGCGAAAGGAAGCACCCUGUGCCCGGUGCAUCUUCAGCGCACGGCAAAGCGGCUGUAACCAGCGACGAGAUGGUCUCUUUCUUUACCGACUACCCCGAAUACGACGGCUACAAUGACGCUAUGGAAGAGAGCGGUGGGCGCGCUACUUCCCUCACGACAGACCUCGAUACCUCGACGCCGUUCCAAGAAGUCAUGAUGCACGAUCCUUCCCACGUUCACUUUGUAUCGACGCACAUGGACGGGCCGCCGCCAAGCAUGCACGAGCAUGUGCUCGAUGCGCGGCUUUGCGAUGAUCUUGGGGACAACCCUAGCUAUGCUGCACAGCUUGCAACGGCAAACUUAGAACAGCCGCCUGGAUUCGACGAGGCGAAUGAGCCGCUGCAAGAGUACGGCUUGGAGAUGACCCCGAUGGAUUACACUGCGCCGCCCGCAGAAGAGCCGCCAACUGCACUGGACGGGCACAGCAGCACAAAUGCGUCAACCCUUCCUCCGCCGUAUGCUGACGCAUCCAACGUGCCAACGCCAGCAGCGUCGCCCACACAGGCCGAUGGGCUGCCCACCUACUCGACCCAGCUUCCCCUAUUUUUCCCUCCAUCGUACGAAGCAUGA